GGAAGAUGAAUACACAACAAUAACAAAGUCUAAAAUGGAGGAAGCUGGCGUGGUUAUGCUGAUUUAGUUCAAUACUGUCAAUUAGCAGAAUCGGUUUCCAGAUUAUUUUGCAUAAUUUUAAUUUAGUCCUAAUAUAAAAUCAAGACGUCACUUUAUCUGUGUGCGUCUUAAGCCUGCUGUGUUGUCAGUGCUAGCUAACGUUAGCAGUGCAGGGUAUUGGCGCUAGCCUCACAGCUUCCGCUACUGUUAAACGGUGCUGCACGCGCAACGACACCCAAAAUAAUUACUCGCAUUGUGGUGUGACCAAUAUUUCGCCUUUUUGAAGCGGAUAUUCAGGACACAAUAACAGUGGUUAUGGAGGUGGACGAGAUGGAGACGAGAAUGCCAGAGCUCCAGAAGUCUCGGAAGAGGGUAAAAACCAAGAAGAGGACAGAGCCUUAUGAAGAAAGAGAUGAUGACGAAAAUAUGUCUGAUUCUCCGUGUGGGUCUGUCCCCUCCACAACUGAAACUCCCGGCAAAGAGACCCAAUUGGAGGAUGGCUCUGAUUCUCUCAGUGUCAUAAAAAAAGCAGUGGUGGUCUUGACCCGACUCCCAGAAUACAAGAUCAGCGCUCUGCGACCGCCGACACCUCAGCAGUUCUACAGUGAAGACGACUCUGUCAGUAGCUCUGAUUCUGAUAUGCAGUGGGAACCAGAAGAUGAUUCUAGUGAUUCUGAUUUCUCCCUCUCACAUAAUAAACAGAAAACUGCCAAACAUGCCAAGAACGACACAACAAGAAACAACAACAGCAACAACAAUGAACCAGGCCCUAUAAUAAUAUCAUCGGCUUUUGCUCAUUGCUCCAAUGAAACCACGAAGGUCCGUCCGAACCUGCCGGAAGAAGAGCUCAAAGUGGACAUGAUGGUUCUCGCCAGGAAGAGGUCCAUGAGAUGGCAGCGAGGAAAAAUAGUAGACAUAGUAACAAGGGAAGAUGGACGGUUGAAGUACAAAGUUAGUUUUGAAGAAAAAGGGAAGAGCCUGGUGUCCGGCCACCACAUCGCCUUUGACACCACACCGAAGCUGGAGCAGCUGUAUGUCGGGGCUCGCGUCGUGGUCAGGUGUCAAGAUAACAAGUUCAGGUUUCGGCCUGGUGUUUUGUCAGAGCUCCCCAGCAGAAAGAACCGCUUAAGGUUCUUGGUCUUUUUGGAUGACCACACGCCGGUCUAUGUUGGUUUACCUUUAUUUCACCUGGUGUGCAGACCACAGGAAAAUGUUCUAGAUGACAUUCCAGACAGCCCUCACAAGUCCUUCAUGACGCAAUACCUGAAAGACUGGCCUUACCCACACUUGACCCAGUACAGGGUGGGACAGGCCCUCAAUGUGGAGUUAAAUGGAUCCCAGCAGAGGUGUGAGGUGCAGGUGGUCGACUGCAGCAUAAUGCAGGUCGUUUUUCUGGAAAGUCAGCAGAAGGAGUGGAUUCAUCGAGGCUCCAUGCGACUUGAACACAUGGCUAGAUUUUUGGAAAUGAAAGCAGAAGAGCGCAACGGUGAUUCUGACUAAAAGCCCACGGACACAGGAGGGAAAAAAAUAAAAGAUAUAUCCAUCAUUGUCACUCCGAACUGAUGUGCCAUUGGGAUCUCAGCCCAAAAUAAGAUUUGCAGUGAGGAGAUGAGCACACGUGAAUGACUCAAGCCCGACGUUUGUUCCAAUCUGAUGUUCUUUGUUUUCUAUUUUUCAGACUUAAAGCAGUUGAAGUUACUUGUUGGAUUAUUCUGUUACACAAUUAAGUUGCGCACCACUAUAAAAUAGUGAGCAGUUAUCAUUUUCAGUUUGUCUGGAAAUGUGAAUUUAUCUUAAAGCAGCUUUUGACAGCAUACUCAAGCGGCUGUAAGUUCAAACAACUUUGCAUGUCGCAAACAAGAAAACUAGCUUCCUAUUUUAUUUGUCCUUUUUACAGGGUGACUGACCAAGCGCAGAUUGAGGAAUUACGUGAUGCUUUUAGUGCAGACGCACUGUGAAUUCAAUACAAAUGCAAAAAUGAGAACAUUUUGAAAAAGUGAGAGAAAGCGCUACAUCAUGUUUUGAGUUUUGCUAAUGUGGUUGUUGAUAAGUUUUGGGAAGCUGGAACGACCAAGUUGGACAUCACUAAAUGUUUUUUGCUUGAUAUCCUGCAGUUGUAUGAGUUUAUUUAAUAUGAUCUAUUUCAUUGCAUUACAGUCUUGCCGCUAAUGCUUUUAUCCAAUGUAACUUAAAGGUACAUUUCACCAUGUGGGUAUGAGAACAAAAUCUGAAAGAUAAAUGUGCAUCACCUUCAACAAAUAUGCUCAAGUGCUACAUUUAGAGACAAUAGAAGAUAAAGAAAAAGACUUUUCUGUCUGUGAUGGAAUGUGUCGAGUUCCUGCUGUCUUGAUUGUGGAGUGAAGACAGCAGACACUUGAGCAGCAUUUGUGUUUAAUCUUGUAAAUUUAAAAAAAUCUGGCAACAAAUUUUCCUGAAGAACUCAAACAAGUCAUGGAUUCUUUAUUAAUAUGCACUUUAGAGUCAACAGCAUUUUUACUCCAUGUUGUUUCUCCCAUCUAGCCAAUGAUCCGCAUCCAGUUUGACCUCCAUGUAUGUAAAUGCUUUGUAUUGUCCGUCACUUUUUUGUUUCAUUUUGUAAGUAAUAAAAGGAUCAACGCAGGAUGACCACAGCUCCACCUGGCGUUAUCUCUGCUCAGGUGCUGGAGGCAUCAGUGAGCCUGAAGUGAUGAGAUUUCUGCACACUUAGCUCCAUGCAGUGUUUGCUUCAGACGACGGCACUCAACAAGGAAUAUGAAAUGAGGGUUAUGCUGUCAUGUCAGAUGUUUCUUCAUUUCUCAUUUGGAAUUUGGGGUCUCAUCAUAGUUCAUAAUAAAGUUCCCAGAA